CCUUCUACGAGCUUGCAGUCUAGCAGAAAUCUCUCUUAAACUUCCGUCCCCCUCUCUCUCUCUCCUCUUUCUGAAACCGGAAUCUGACACAAUAAUGAGAAAAUUUUCGGUGAUUCUCCUCUUCUUCUCCAUUCCACUCGUAGCUUUCUCUCUCCGACCUCUCUCCUCCAAUCCAUGCCACAGUAAACCAAACCCCAAAACCCUCAGAUCAGAUCAGCUCACCGUUCUGAUCAACGGCUACUCCGAGUCACGCUUCCAUCUCCUCCGUUCGAUUGCAGCCAAGUACUCAUCCUGUCCGUUCGUCGCAGCAGUCUUCAUCCUCUGGGGUAACCCAACCACCCCAACCGAAACCCUAACCCAAUUAAACAUCAACAUCACCGGUUCCUACUACGUUGGCGCACCGAUUUCCAUCCUUCGACAAUCCUCAGACAGUCUCAACUCCCGAUUCCUCCCCAGACCUUCUUUGAUCACAACCCGAGCCGUUGCGAUCUGCGACGACGACAUCGAGAUCGACACCAAAUCUGUCGAAUUCGCAUUUAAGAUCUGGAGUUCUCAUCAAGACAACUUGAUCGGAUUCUUUGCGAGAUCGCACGAUUUCGAUCUUUCGCGGCGGACUUGGAUGUAUACUGUGCAUCCAGACAAGUACUCGAUAGUGCUCACGAAAUUCAUGAUCUUGAAAACUGAUUAUCUCUACAGGUACAGCUGCGAGUCCGAAAUGGAUGAGAUGAGAAAUGAGGUCGAUCGAAUGCGGAAUUGCGAGGACAUUUUGAUGAAUUUUGUUGUUGCUGAUAGGACGAAUUCUGGGCCGAUUUUGAUCGGAGCGGAGAAAGUGAGAGAUUGGGGAGAUGCGAGGAACGAAGAGAGAGAAUCAUCCGAGAAAGAGGAGGAGAAGUUGGUGCGAGAGGUAGGGUUGAGUAGUAGAAGAGGAGAUCACAGGAAGAGAAGAGGGGGCUGUAUAAGAGAGUUUCAUAAGAUUUGGGGUAGAAUGCCUUUGAGAUACAGUUCUGGAAAGGUAGUUAAUUCAGUUGGAGAACAAGCGCUCUGUGAAAAAGGAGGGAAGUUGGUGUUUUGUGAUGAGUAAGUUCUGGUUUGAACGCUUGACUCAAAUGUUUUGUUAGUAUAAUGUAACAUACCAAACUGCAGCUAACUUC